AUGAGUGGGAGUCGCAAGCGGUCGAAUGUGUGGACGUUCUUUAAUGAAAUGGAAGACGAUAAAAGUAAAGUUAAGUGUACAUUGUGCAAUUCGGUGCUGUCGCGCGGCGGCACAGGACGUACGGGGUCGACCUCGGCACUAUCGAACCAUUUAAAACUAAAACAUAAAGAAGAAAGUGAAAAAGUGGAUAAGCCAAUUCAUUCAAUUAUUAAUGUUGGAGAAUUACAUCAGCCGUCCUCAUCGCGUGCGUGCGUACAGCAAUCGAUCGAAAGUUCUAUUUCUAAAAAGUGGGACCUACAAGAUCCACGAUCUCAAGAAAUUCACAACGCGAUAGGAGAGAUGAUCGCCGUCGACAAUCAGCCGAUAUCGAUUGUAGAGGACGUUGGAUUUAACAGACUAAUCAUAGUAUUAAAACCGAAAUAUCCAAUGCCUGGAAGGAAAUAUAUGAGUGAAGUUAUUUUACCAAAAAUUUACGAGAAAGUUAAGUUGUGUGUAAAAAAGGAUAUUGACCAGGCAAAGGCGGUUUCUGUAACAACUGAUAUGUGGACUUGCACUGACAACGUCACCAGUUUUUUAAGCUUCACCGCUCACUGGCUGAAUGCUGAGCUCGCUGCACAACACCGUGUGCUGCAAAUGUGUAACUUUACUGGUCAACAUACAGCUGAAAAAAUCAGAGCAAGCUUAGAAACAAUGGCAGAGUCGUGGGAUUUGGGUUCGAAAGUUCACAUAAUUGUAAGGGAUAAUGGGCCAAAUAUCGUGAAGGCGACCAAUGACAGCCCAUACACCGGAAAGCCAUGCUUCAUUCACACACUACAGCUGGCCAUCAAGCAUUCGCUGGAUGCUCAACCAAACAUCAACGAAAGCCUCACUGCAGCGAGAAGGAUCGUGACACAUUUCAAUCACUCUAGUACAGCGCAAGAAAAAAUGGUGCUUAUCCAGAAUGAGCUCAAUUUGCCAAAACACAAGCUCAUUCAGGAUGUGACAACCCGCUGGAACAGCACUUUUUAUAUGUGCGAGAGGCUAAUUGAGCAAAAGCGAGCUGUUUCACUGUAUAUAUCAGAUUACUCUGGCUCAAUUAACUUCAACAAUUUAACAGAAAGACAAUGGCAACUCGUUAAAGAAUUGUUGACAAUAUUGCAGCCUUUUGAAGAGAUAACAAGAAUUACAAGCUCGAACUUUUCGUGCAUUUCAGAAGUCAUACCGCACGUAAAUAUUUUGCUCAAAUAUUUGGCCAAACCUGCAAGUGAUGACUCAAACACUGUUACAAUGAGGAAAAGAUUACAAACAGAGUUAAAAGCCCGAUUUGAAGGUAUUCAAGAUGACAUUGUGUACACGCUCGCCACAAUUUUGGAUCCCAGGUACAAACUCAAUUUCUUCAGCAAUGACAAAAUAGAACCUGCAAGAAAAGCCUUCCUCAUAGAAGCCAUAAAAAAUAAUGAUGACGAAGAUAGCAGUAACGAUGACGAAGAGCUGCCACGUAAUAAAGAGAACAUACCUUCAAACGAGACUCACGCAGAUUUCUGGAGCUGCUUCGAGGAAGUUGCAUCAGCAAAACCAACUUUAUCCCAACCCAUCGAAACAACUAAAAGUCCUAUUGCUGCAGAAUUGGACAAAUAUCUCCAGGAGAAUUUACUUCAGCGGGACAGAAGUCCUUAUGAAUGGUGGGUAAAAAAUAAAGCAAAAUAUCCACUAAUGGCGCACCUCGCUAAAAAAUGGUUGGCAGCUCCUGGCUCUUCGGUUUACAGCGAAAGAUUAUUCUCUGAAGCGGGUAAUAUUUAUGAGAAGAAACGAAACCGCCUUCUACCUGAUCGAGCAGAAAGUUUAGUAUUUCUGCAUCAUAAUUUACCGCUAUUAAAUUUUAACUAUUGA